AUGACCAUCGGGGCUGACGCGCAGUACGCCGAGCUAAAGCACAGCCACUCUUGCUUCGUUCACAAGGGAUGCAACUUUGGGAGUAUGUACAAUAUAUGUGCUUUCAUUACUUCUAGGUCAUGGUCAUUCGCCGGUUUUUGUGGCGUAGGUACCCAUAAUCUUAUACCGUGA